AUGGCAGGCAUUCCGCUCAUAUACAGGCUCUUCUUCCUCGUCAUCGAGCCCAUCUCUGCGCUCGUAGGCGCAUACUACGCUGCCGGCAGGCCCGCCGAGUACCUUGCAUACCUCACGUCCGCGCCCGCAUCAACAACAGACACCCCGCCGACACCGACGCUCUCCGCGCUGUAUCAGCUCGCGAACCUCUAUCUGCUCUUCGCGCUCAACGAGCACCUCGUGCUCUCGUCGACGACAGACCGCCGCACGUGGCGCCGGCUCCUGACGGGGCUGCUCAUCGCGGACUUUGGGCACCUAGCGACGAUGGUGCCGCUCGCGCGCGAGAAGGGGUUCGCGCGGGUGUUUCUGGAGUGCGCGAACUGGACGGCGAUGGAGUGGGGCAGCGUGGGCUUUGUGUAUGCGGGCGCUGCGAUGCGUAUGUCGUUCCUCGCAGGCUUGGGCCUAGGUCGCGAGAACGGCGAGAACGGGAGGCAGAAGAACGACUGA